AUGGAAAUUGUCAGAGAUAUUUCAAAAUGUUUCAGACAGAGCUUGAAAGGAGAUCGAGUGUUUAUGUUGGAAGCAGUGAAGAAACAAGGUCUUUCACUUGAAUAUGCUUCAAAAGAUUUAAAAAAGGACAAACAAGUUGUAUUGGAAGCUGUCAAAGAAAAUGGUUAUGCACUCCAAUAUGCUUCAGAAGAUUUCAAAGAAGACAAACAAGUUGUUCUGGUUGCUGUAAAACAAAAUGGUUACGCACUUAUUUGUGCUUCAGAAGAUUUCAAAGAAGACAAGGAAAUUGUUCUUGAAGCAGUGAAACAAAGCUGA